GUGGCUAAAAUCUUGGGAUGCAGUGGUACACAAAGGUGCAGAACACAUCUCUGCUUUUGGAUUCAUGGUUUAUUGCAGUUUCAUUACAGGGGGAAGACAGAAGUUAUUAUCAAAACUGCUGUUAUGUCUCGCUGUCCGCUGGGCAGGCAGAGCAAGGACGAGGCUGACAGGUGAAAGUCCUGAUACGGAUGUUUACUGAAGGGAACGGGGAAGGCAGGGAACAACGUAGCACAAACAUCAAUGACCGAUCUGGGCAACUGACUCAGACGCGGACUGAUAUACACAAGACAAGUCGAAAGGAACAGGAAACAGCUGGGCACAAUCGGGGAAGAACACGUGGGUGAUCAGGGGGGCGUGGCACACACGAGGAUCGGACGCGCAGGUCAUGACAACUGCAAACACAGUUUAUGAAUAGUUAUAAACCAAACAUAAGGCAAUUUGUCUGUCGGUGUGUCUGAAUAACAAAACCUAAGAGAUGGUCAUUUGCACACUAAAAAUAAAUAUGUAAAAUAAACAAAAAUUCCCAAAUAAGACUGUAUCAUAACAACCUGUCAUGGGGCGAGGGACGAAGGGCUCGGGAACAGGCGUGAUGGCAAAACAAAAGGGAAUUUUAUUGGCACUUAACGGAAUUAACACAGGAAAUAAACAGCAUAGGUAGGGAUCCAAAACUGGAAUAAAGGAACUAGGGAAGGCACGGGGAACACACAUGUUUGACGUCAAUGGCAGGACUGGUGAACACAGAGGUGAGAAGCACAAAUAUACAGGACUGAGCAGAUAAGGUGCAGCUAGAGUGAUUAAAAGGAACAAGAGGUAAGACAAACAUUUAACAGGUAUGGCUCGUUAGGGCCACAUUAGAGGGGAAACUGGGCAUGACAGAACUACAACCAACCCUCCCCCGCUCCCAAAAUGUGCCCUCUGGGCACAAUGGACAAGCAGGGGAGGGAACCAAGGUGACCGAACAACAUGGUGAACACAAGGGGCUGGGACACCUGACAAGACAGGGUACGACAGGACUGACAGGACGCAUGGGAGUGGCCCACGACACAGAGCUCCCAGAUAGGCCAAGACAACGAGAGGAUGGAACAACAGACAUGCUAACACAGGGCACGGGACCAGAUAUAGGAUACGACUAGGGGCACAGGGCAGGCCGGUACAGGACCAGGGACAGCAAAGGGGACAACAGGUAUGACACUCAGCAAGACUGGCCAGACAAGUGAUUUAAAUUAUGUGGGAGGGUCCUUCAGCUUUUCAGCACUAGCCGUAACCAACUCACAGCCACUGUUAUAGCCUGCUUUCCAUGUUUGAACGUCUACUUGUGGAUUUAAAUAUCCCCGUGUUAAGAAAUGCAUUCAUUCGUUUCAUUGUGCAUACAGAACUGAAAAUGUGCCCAACCGGCACGCAAUAAAUACAAACACUGUUACAGCCCUGAGAGAAUCACUAUUUAAUGCGUCCGUUUGACAGAUGUUGCAGGAUACUGACUUCUUUGAUGCUAUAGCUUUCUGGCGACUGUUACUAAACACGCCAUCGAUGUUGCCGGUGGUGAUGUCAUUAUAUGCAAUUUGUACAGCAAUCGGCAAAAAUGGGAACCUGCUGAUGAACAUUUUCAUUGUUUUAAUUAAGCCUGUUUUCAUUGCUGAUUACCAAAUGUUAUCGAUUCAUUGUUUCAGCCCUAUGUGUGUUAUAUGGGAUAUAGACAGUUCUCGUCUGCACAUGGGUGUGCCGUUUGUAUUGUGCUAAGUCUAUUUUGGCAAAGUAAAGACUAUUGACUAGGUAAUGGCAGAACUGAAAAAGAUCAUAGAGAACAGAUACAUUUCUGCAUUUCAAGCCUACAUUUCCAUUGCUUGUUUUCUUCCUACAGGUUACAAUUAGUUUAUUUUCACCCCGUUUCUUGUUUAAUUUUGCCACUGAUUUUAUCUCCUGGUUCAUGACUUUUAAUCAAUGACCUGGACUAAAGGAAGCCGGUAUGGGACACAGAAAGGACUGAGUGAAUCUGAGCCAAGGCUCCCUCUUUAUGAUCAUUUCCAUAUCGGUAAACAGAUGAGAGGCAAACAGAGUUUACUAUUGCUGAGAUAUAAGUGUGUAAAAUGCUUACCUUUCAUUUGCUCUAAAUGGAAAAGACAGUGAGUCAAAAAGCAUGUUCACUACAUUCACAUUCCUUCGACGGCAACCGAGACGCAUGCAUUUAGGAUUAUAAAUCAAUGUCAGAUUGCAAACGGGUAACAAGCAGCAUAAUCGUGUGUCUGAGUGUUUACAUGUUUUUGCUCUUUCAUGAACUGGCUUCCUGUCCAGGGUGCUUCAUCUGCCAUGUGGCCUCUUCUCCACGCUGUUGGAAGAUGUGUCUGUUCAUCACCCAUACCUACUAGAAUCCAGUGUGUUGUUUAGUAAUUAAUAAACUGAGAGUGCGGGUGGGGGGAUGACAGGAAUUCUGGUUAAAGAACAAGAAACGCAAGGGUACCAUCCUUACAUCUAGGUGACAUUCUGCUGCGAUACCCUUUAAGCAAUGUGUUUAAUCUGAACUGUGUAAGUAAAAUAGCCAUUUUUAUAAGUAAAUGAAUGCUGUUGCUAAGCAACUAACGUCCACAUUUGUAUGCAGUUUAAUGGAUAGUUGCUCAUGCUGUUAUUUCUGUAGUUAUCAUGUCUGUUAUUUUUUCUUUUAUAAAUAAAUGUUCCGCACGUAGUAACAGCAUCACUGGUAAGUAUGAAUGGUGUCUUUUCAUUCUGAAACUUGAAUUCUUUUCAUUUUUUUUACUGAAUAAAAGACUAAACUUGUCAUUCUUAAAAGGACCUGUUUUUCUUUAAACGAAAAAGUGAACAUAAACAGAAAGUUGAAGUGGGAAUGACGAUUCACUUUACGUCUCAGUGGUGUGCGUUGUCUAACUUGCAGGCAGUAUCCUGAUCCGAUUCCAGUGAAACCUGGGCUAGCUGAGUUCCAGUUGGACCACCAUGAAGUCCACCAUGAAGCAGUGGAAGCAGCUGGUUGUAGCUGGGAUAGUAGCUUGGAUUUUGCUUGUUUUGGUGCUGUUCACCUACUUUAUGGACUCAUGGAUGGACAGUCUCCAAUUCUCCACCUCUUACCAAGACACGAUGCAUUUCACCUAUAUUCAGAGGCACAAAGGCAUCAUGGUUACCCCGGUGGAGAUGACCAUCACGGGCCAGGAUGCAGACUUACAACAUGGGACACAUAAAAAGUCAAGGGCCGAUGAGAAGGGGGAUUUGCACAUUGUGGUAGAAGAGAAGGACUUUUGGAAAAAAUCAAGAGACAUACAGAUGAAGAGUUUCAGGAAAGUCAUACAAGAAAAAGACCAGAAGCGGACGGAUGAAGCCGAUGCUCGGGGGCGCUUUUCCAAGACCAAGUCUCUGAUUCACAGACUGUGGAAAGGUAACAUGUCAUCACGUAUGCUCAGCAAACGGCUGCAGAUCGCCAUGAGGGAGUAUGUGAAUAUGAACAAGCACCAUGUGGUGUACAGGGGCCACCGCUGGACUAAGAUGGGAAGGCGAGAGCUGUUCUGCCAGCUCAAGAAGCAACUUCAGGUAUUGACCUUGGAUGGAAGAGAGUUGCCCUUCUCUCAGCUUGGCUGGGAGAAGCUGGUGCCGGGACAGUCUCUGAGUCAGCUCUUUGGAUCCAAAGUGCAGACCUGUGCUGUGGUGUCGUCCGCCGGAGCGAUCCUUAACUCAUCCCUUGGGAAAGAGAUCGACGAUCACGAUGUUGUGCUUCGCUUCAAUGCGGCACCCACCAAAGGCUAUGAGAACGAUGUUGGCAACAGGACCACCAUUCGCAUCAUCAACUCUCAGAUUCUGGCCAAUCCCUCCUUCCGUUUCCAGACCAGCAGUCUGUACAGAGGUCUUGUUCUGGUGGCUUGGGACCCCGCGCCAUAUAGUGUAGACCUGCUGAAGUGGUACCGGAAGCCAGACUACGACCUUUUCACUCCGUACGUACGGCAUCGUAAGCACCACCCAGGCCAGCCCUUCUACAUCCUCCACCCCAAGUUCAUCUGGCAGCUGUGGGACAUCAUUCAGGGAAACUCGCUUGAGGACAUCCAGCCCAAUCCCCCUUCCUCUGGCUUCAUUGGAAUCCUUCUGAUGAUGGUGCUGUGCAGAGAGGUCCAUGUCUAUGAAUACAUCCCAUCCCUGAGGCAGUCCUACCUGUGCCACUACUACGAGAAGUACUACGACGAGGCGUGCACCUUGGGAGCAUACCAUCCUCUGCUGUUCGAGAAGAUGCUGGUCCAACGCCUCAACGUCGGUCUGGAGCGUGACCUCGACAGGAAGGGCAAGGUGACCCUUCCUGGGUUCAGCGCUGUGGACUGUAGCCCCUGA